AUGGCGCCCCGACGAAUCUGGGUCAAACGACCUGAUGCGUCUGCCACUCUAGUGUCGAUGCCGGAAGAUAGCGUCGUUGACGAACUACGAGAUCAUGUCUUACGCAAAUACUCGAAUUCUCUCGGACGGACGUUUGACUCGCCGGAUUUGAUGGUGCGGAUAGUACCCCGAGCGACUCUGAAAGGAGCAGUUGCACCGGAUCGGUUUCUAAGCCCGGAAGAGUCUUUGUUUGAUUUGAUUGAUCAGCAUUAUCCUGGAGGACAAACCGUCGAGGAGGCUCUCAUCAUUGAGGCACCCACUCGCCGAACCCCAAUAAAGCCAUCACCUCGCCAGUCAUUUUACUAUCAUGCGGAGCCGAGUGAACAUGGCGAAUACUUUCCUCUGAUGCCCGUUCCAAUCAGCGUUGGAACACCACCAGGCCAUCCAACAAGUUCUAGCAAUAGUAGUACGGGUGCGGCUCAUCCAGCACCUGCCAUGUCUGUCCUUACAACUGGCAAAGUGCCCCCUCUUCCUUCACCAGGGAGCCGUCCCUCUCGACACCCACGAAGACCUCCAUUCCCUCGACACACAACCGCUUCGCCAACUCUGGUGGCAUCAGCAAUGCCAAAAGACCCAAGUCUUGUCGUCAACGGACAAGCAGGUUCGUCACAACCGUCCUUGCCCACGCCGCCAGCGCCAGCACCUCCGUCGGAAUCACCGACACAUGCUGUGCUCAAUCCAGUAGUGAGAACGGCUUCCCCUCGUCCGGCACGUAGAGCAAAGAAGAUUAUUACCUCUCCAAAUACAGGAGCUUUUGGAGGAUUGAUUGAAGGCACAGUCCCUCCAAUCAAUGUGCUCAUUGUUGAAGACAAUGUUAUCAACCAGAAACUGCUUGAGGCAUUCAUGAAACGUCUUAGCGUCCGAUGGCAGUGCGCUCAGAAUGGUGAGGUGGCAGUAAAAAAGUGGCGACAGGGAGGGUUUCACUUGGUUUUGAUGGAUAUCCAGCUUCCUGUUAUGAACGGACUAGAUGCUACGAAAGAAAUUCGACGGUUGGAACGGUUGAAUGGAAUUGGUGUUUUCUCCAAGACGGCAUCUGGGCGUUCAAGUGCUACACCUUCGUCUUCUGUGCCGGCGGACACUCCGUUGAAAGAGGAGGAUACCUUGCAAGAUUUAUCGCUAUUCAAGAGUCCAGUGAUUAUAGUGGCAUUGACGGCUAGCAGUUUGCAAAGUGACCGACACGAAGCUCUGGCUGCUGGCUGCAACGACUUUUUGACCAAGCCCAUUGGAUUUCCAUGGUUGGAACAAAAAGUCACCGAAUGGGGCUGCAUGCAAGCUUUGAUUGAUUUCGAGGGUUGGCGGAAAUGGCGAGGAUACGAAGACUCCCCGCAAAGCAUUGGCGCUACAUGGGAGAAGACGACAUCCACACACUCCCCAUCGCGUACACGGAACAACGUCACCAUUCACGCUUUGAAGGUUUCUACCACUGACUCUCCCAAGAAAGACAGCGCACGCAUUUCAAUCGAACCAGAUGCGCCAGGAAGCAGCAGCAGCAAGGAUGAAGAUAUUGAGGUCCCAGUCAUUCAAGAACUAGCGCAAGAACUCCAAACAGCGGAGUCAUUGAUAAACGGUGUGUGA